UGCUGAUUUUGACGUAUGCAUGCAAUAUGCAUUUUGGUAUUUUCGUGUCGUGAAUGAGAAGUGUGAACAAUUUUAAUAUUAUACAUAAAAAACUAAACAAUAAAUACUAUAUUUUUUGAGAACAGUUUACAAAAUGCAAUGCUAGACGUAGAAUAAACAUUGAAUUGUAUAAUAAUAUUUAUAGUUAUUGUAUUGUUCGAAAGUUUUAUAAUCCUCGAAGAUGAAUAGUGGCAAACUCCUUAUGUGCGCUAGCCGCUGCGUCUCUGGAAAGCUGGUGCCGUUAUACAGCGCGCGCGGGCGGGCGUCGCAGGCGGCGCGCGAGAGCACGUCGUUCACGCUAAACCUGUUCCGCGGGCGCUUCGAGCCCGCGCAGGUGUUCCCCUACCCCGAGCCGCUGUCCGACGACCAGCGCCAGACGCUGCAGGAGCUCGUGCCGCCCGUCGAGAAGUUCUUCCAGGAGGUGAACGACCCCGCCAAGAAUGACGCGGACUCGCAGAUCGAGGAGCACACGCUGGCCGGGCUGUGGGAGCUGGGCGCCUUCGGGCUGCAGGUGCCGGGCGAGCUGGGCGGGCUGGGGCUCAACAACACGCAGUACGCGCGCCUCGUCGAGGUGGUGGGCGCGCACGACCUGGGCGUGGGCAUCACGCUGGGCGCGCACCAGUCCAUCGGCUUCAAGGGCAUCCUGCUGUUCGGCUCGCCCGAGCAGAAGCAGCGCUACCUGCCGCGCGUCACGGGCGGCGAGUACGCCGCCUUCUGCCUCACCGAGCCCUCCUCGGGCUCCGACGCCGGCUCCAUCAAGACGCGCGCCGUGCUGGCGCCGGACGGCGAGCACUUCAUACUCAACGGCUCCAAGAUCUGGAUCAGCAACGGCGGCAUCGCCGAGAUCAUGACCGUCUUCGCGCAGACGCCCAUCGAGAAGGACGGCAAGACCGUCGACAAGGUGACGGCGUUCAUCGUGGAGCGCGGCUUCGGCGGCGUGUCGUCGGGCCCGCCCGAGAACAAGAUGGGCAUCAAGUGCUCCAACACAGCUGAGGUGUACUUCGAGGACGUCAAGGUGCCCAAGCGCUGCGUGCUGGGCGGGCUCGGCAACGGGUUCAAGGUGGCGAUGAACAUCCUGAACAACGGGCGCUUCGGCAUGGCGGCGGCGCUGUCCGGCACGCAGCGCGCCGCCAUCGCGCGCGCCGCCGAGCACGCCGCCACGCGCACGCAGUUCGGCAAGCGCCUCAUCGAGUUCGGCACCGUGCAGGAAAAACUGGCGCGUAUGGCGAUGCUGCAGUACGUGACCGAGUCCAUGGCCUACAUGGUGUCGGGCAACAUGGACUCGGGCGCGCAGGACUACCACCUCGAGGCCGCCAUCUCCAAGGUGUUCGCGUCGGACGCGGGCUGGGCGGUGGUGGACGAGGCCAUCCAGAUCCUGGGCGGCAUGGGCUACAUGAAGGCCACGGGGCUGGAGCGCGUGCUGCGCGACCUGCGCAUCUUCCGCAUCUUCGAGGGCACCAACGACAUCCUGCGGCUGUUCGUCGCGCUCACGGGCAUCCAGUUCGCGGGCUCGCACCUGCAGGAGCUGCAGCGCGCCUUCAAGAACCCCGCGGCGAACCUCGGGCUCAUCUUCAGCGAGGCGGGCCGCCGCGCCUCCGCCGCCGUGGGGCUGGCGCGCGCGCCCGACGUCGGCGCGCACGUGGCCGAGCCGCUGCGCGCGCACGCCGCCGAGCUGGCGCGCCUCGUGGCCGAGAGCGGCCGCGCGGUCGAGGCCGUGCUCGUGGCGCACGGCCGCGGCGUCGUGGACCGCCAGUUCCAGCUGAACCGCCUCGCCGCCGCCGCCAUCGACGCCUACAGCGCCGCCGUGGUGCUGUCCCGCGCGUCGCGCGCGCACCGCCUGGCGCUGCCGUCGGCGGCGCACGAGGCGCGGCUGGCGGCGGCGUGGGCCGAGGAGGCGGCGGCGCGCAUCCCGGCGCUGCUGGCGGCGGCGCGCGCGCCCAAGGACCUGCGCCGCUACGACCUGCUGGCGCGCAUCGGCGCCGACGUGGCGGCCGCCGGCGGCCAGCCCGUGCCCAACCCGCUCAACCUGUGACACCCGCCGCCUCCGCCGUGUACAUACUAGACUAAUUGAUGAGAUCUAUAUUUAUUAUUUACGCUGAUAGAAUAUUUUUAUAGCACA